UCAACUCCCACUACAGCUGCGCUCGCCGUGUACGCUACGGUCACAUCCAUUAACCAUUUACUAGUCUCAAAGCCAUUAAUCACCUCCUUGUUAACCUCCUCUAUUCGAUGGCUUCUUCUUCUGCUUCUUCUUCUAUGCCCAGAAUGAGUUUCCGCGUCUUCCUGAGUUUCAGAUACGAGGACGUCCGCCACAACUUCAUCGGACAUCUCUGCAAAGCAUUAGACCAUGCAGGAAUAUUCACUUACAACGCCAUUGACAUUGAAGAAUCGGGGAUGGGAGAGGACAUGUCAAUCACUAUUAUGAAGGCCAUCGAGGAAUCCCGCGUCGCAAUCAUUGUUUUCUCUGAGAAGUACACUCUCUCAUCGUGGUGUUUGAAAGUGCUGGCAAAAAUCAUAGAGUGCAAGGAACAGAAAGAUCUGAUUGUGUUGCCGGUAUUUUAUAAAGUGAAUCCAGGAGAUGUGACACGCGAUGCAUCCAAGUUGGGGAAGAAUUUGGAGACAGCGAAGAGAUGGAAGGCGGCUCUCUAUUACGCCGGUGACCUGUUCGGGUGGCGCGUGAGACGUGGUGCGUCCAAGUUGGGGAAGGAUUUGGAGACAGCGAAGAGAUGGAUGAUGGCUCUCCGUGAAGCCAGGGACCUGUUGGGGUGGCGCUUGGGUUAUGAAUCUUCAGAGGCUACAUUAAUCAAAGACAUUGUCAAGACGAUCAGCGAACUAAUAAGUUUCGAUGUGUACCUAAGCUUUAGGAGUAAGGAUGUCUGCGAAAACUUCGUUAAGAGUCUGAAUGAGGCCUUGGUCCAUAAGGGCAUAAAUACUUUCAUGGACAGUGAUAACUUAAGGAUGGGCCAUGAUUUCCCACCGGCGCUGAUGGACGCCAUGGAACUAUCUCGUAUGUACAUCGUCGUUUUCUCAGAAAACUAUGCUGAAUCUCCGUGGUGUCUGAAGGAGUUGAUGUGGAUCUUAGAGAGGAAGAACAGAAGAAAAAAGCUAAUGCUACCGAUAUUUUAUAAGGUGGCACCGGGGAUGAUGAGGGCAAAGAACGAACUGGAAGAACCGGGGACAGUAAGGGCACAGAAAGAACCGGGGAAGGUAAAGAGUUACGGGGAAGCAUUGGAAAAACAUAAGGUCGAGUAUGGGAUGCGCAAGGUCAAGAAAUGGAGGGAGGCUCUCUCUGAAGCUGCCGAUGUGAAUGGAAAGCAUCUGCCUGAUGGGAAUGAAGAUGAUUGGAUCCCCCGCAUUGUUGAAGAGAUAGAGAAAAUGAUUGCAGAGAUCAGAUGAAAGCUAGAAUGAAGAUGCUUGCAAAGUCAGUUUUGGUGACACAGAAUAGCAAUUUCACUACAGAGAUUGGUGUGUGUCAUUGCUGCUUCAGCCACAGGUCACGAAUCUAUUGGAAGUUGUCUUUCAGUUUACAAGAUUUUAGCUGCUUAAAACUGUUGUUGAGACUUGAGAAUUGAAACCGAAAUGGUAGGACACUUCGCUGAGAAAACUAUGUAAAGUAAUAUGUCUAAUUAAUGUUAAAGGAAGUGGGA